AGCAUUCCAUCUGCCUCACGUAUGUUUGGUCUUGAGUGUGAUCCCUUGCUUCCAUAAAUGAGUUUAAAAAGCGAGUUUAAAUGACGAUCUCAGUAUCUGAGUCUUGGAAAUAACAUGAAAGGAAACCGAAAAACUCAGAUUGUGCAAUGAAAACCAGUUCAUUCUUACAUUACGUAGGCGGGGCAUGUGAGCCAGUCCAGUGCGUUUUUGGCGCAGCAGGUAUUAGCUCGUCUGUUUGUGUACAGAAGUUUUCACCGAAUUUCUUAACUGAACCGCAUUUAUCACUGCAUCCGACAACCAGAUAUAAAAAAACGCUUGUAAUAGCGCAACAGACAAUAAGUACAGCAAGACUGUCCGGUGUUGUAUCUGAGAAUCAAUAAUUGUCUGAUAUCUGGAGGCGCGGCAUAAUUUUACAUCUCAGAAUGUUCUGGAAAAGAGAAGUAUCCAUCUCCCGUGGCUGUAGGUAACAGGAAGUUACAUUGCAGCGUGGAGUGGAGAUGGUCCCCUGGGCCACCAUUCUGGUGACAUGUGUAUGGAUGCAGACUGUAAAAGCCUCAGGACUAGACGCAUGUCCCAAGACCCCUCGCACGGAGGUGGAUUUUACAGUUAAUUACUCAAUACCCCACUUCCAGACUAUCAAACCCAUCCAGAACGUAGUGGUAAACCCAGAAAAGCAAGACAUUUAUGUGGCCUCGCAGAAUGUGAUCGAGGCGGUCAGCGGACAGCUCAAUAAGUUAUGGGAGCUGAGGACCGGCCCGGUGGGCAGCCCGGAGUGUCUGACCUGUCAACUCUGUGGCAUUGAGACCGACCCUGGGGACUCGCUGGACACGGACAACAAGGUCCUGCUCUUGGACCCGGCGCUUUACGACACUCCUUAUCUGUAUUCCUGUGGGAGCUCUAAGCACGGGGUUUGUUACUUACAUGAACUUAACUUGGAUGGUACCCCACCCACAUCUCAAUGUCUCUUCAGGAAAGAUGCUAACUCACCCUCCCACUGUCCCGACUGCCUUGCCAGUCCCCUGGGCACUGAGGCGGUCAUCGUGGAGGACGGCUACACAGCCUAUUUCUUUGUGGCAGCAACACUCAAUGAGAGCGUAGCGCAGAGGUACGGCAGGCAGUCCAUAUCGAUUCGCCGGCCUCUGUCGACCACGGACGGCUUUGAAUUGACCACGCCAGGUCUGACCGUGCUCCCUAAAUAUCAGAACUCCUACCAGAUCGAUUACAUCUACAGUUUCUCUGCGGGGUCCUAUGUUUAUUUCCUGUCUGUCCAGAGAGAGAACCUAUUGGACUCAGCUGGGUAUCAGACGCGCCUGGGUCGUUUGCCCGUGAAGGACAUCGAGAUGGGAAUGUACCGCGAGAUCGUGUUGGAGUGUCGUUACAAGCUCAAGCGCAGGCGACGGAGCGAGGGCAAGUCGUUCCAGGACAUUGUGUAUAACGGGCUGCAGGCGGCCCACUUCAGCAGCGCCGGGAAGGAGCUGGCAGCCGAACUGGGCGUGGGGGAGAACGAAGGCAUCCUCUACGGGACAUUCGCCGUGACUGAUACCUCCGGGAGACCCUACAGUAACUCGGCCAUGUGUGCCUUCUCCUUAGCCUUGGUAGACGAGGCCAUCGACAAAGGGGUGGAGGACUGUUGCAGGUCGAGCACAGAGCAGCUAUCCAGAGGGCUCUGCCAGUACCAGCCCUGCGAGAGCUGCCCGCAUGAGAGCUCUGAGGACAAUGCCUCAUGUCCAAACAAGCCCACCCUGGUGUCCAAACCCUUCAACCGGGUGGAUCUCUUCGAGCGGUUAUUCAACAACGUCCUGCUCACCUCAGUGCUUGUCACCAUCCACGAUAUCCACACCCUGGCUCACAUUGGAACCAAGGAUGGCAGGCUCUUACAGCUCAUCCUUCGAAGGUCAAGUCCAAUCUUUUUUGCCAACUAUACUCUGGCAGAGGGCAUGGAGGUGUCCAGAAAGGCUGCUGUGCAUUCUAACAAGUCCUUGCUAUUUGUGGUUGGAAAUAAGUUGUUCAGCGUUUCUCCAAGAGGCCCGGGAUGUAAACACUUCCUGACCUGCUCCAAGUGUCUGGCGGCUCCCCAGUUCACAGGGUGUGGCUGGUGCUCAGGGUCAUGCUCCAGACAGGAGGAGUGCCCCGCCCAGUGGACUAAUGAGGCCUGUGCUCCCGUCAUCACAGAGUUUUUCCCGAAGACUGCUCCCCGUGAUGGUGAGACAGAGCUGACAGUGUGUGGCUGGGAGUUCCAGACUUCGCAGCACACCACCAUCAACAAGGGGAACCCCUGGGUUAAAGUGGGAGAGACCCCAUGCACUGUUCUGUCAAAGAGCCGCACACAGCUGGUGUGUACACUUCACCGGGCGGUUCCAAGUCCGUCCGAGAAUCUCACCAUUACUCUGAGAAUAAGUGAGGGGAAGGUGGAGGGAAGCUACCGUAUUGUAGGGCAGGGCCAAAUAACCGGCUUUACAUUUGUGGUGCCAAAUAUCACAGACAUCACGCCUGACUAUGGGCCUCAGAUAGGGGGAACUUUAGUCACACUGACAGGAUCUCACUUGAAUUCUGGGAUGAAAAGAUUUGUGACUGUAGGAGAUCAGGACUGCCCCAUCCAGAGUGUCUCUGAAGGUACUGGGUCAUUGUCCACCAUCGUCUGCCUGUCUAAAGGUGUGACAGAGUUGAAGACGGUGCCCUUGAGUGUCUCUAUUGACAAAUACCUGGUGUCCACUGACAAGACGUUCCAGUACAAGGUGAACCCUGAGAUCUCUAAGAUACAGCCUGCCUGCAGCUUCACAAGUGGGUCCAAAAUCGUAAUUGAGGGCAUGAAUCUGGACUCCGCAUACAACACUGUGAUCACCUACUAUAGCGACAAAUCCAACCAACAGCCUCUGCAGCGUGUCUGCACCGGCACAGCAACCAGAAUGCGUUUGGAGUGCUUUGCUCCCGCCUUCCCUAGAAAUGAGACUGACAAGGGUUACCUUAAUAUCGCAAUGGACGGAGCUGCCAACCUGAUGCAGCAACCCUUCGAAUACCAUCCAGAGGCCAGCAUUACCAGUUUUGAAGACGAAGGCAACGUACUUCGUCUGAGCCAUGGGCAGACUGAGGUCUCACUGCAUCACAACAAGCUAAACAUGGUCAGCCACUGUAUGAAGAUCAACAUGACCAUUGGUGGUGUGGACUGUGGCGUCCAGGUAUUGGGAAAUGAACUCACCUGCAGGAUCCCUAAACAUGUCGUCAUUCCCAGUGAAGGUUUGCCUGUCACGGUGUUUGUGAAUGGGCGUGUGUAUGAGGUGGGAACUGUGGUCUUGGCCAACAACUACUUGACUUUAGCGUUUGUCAUGCUGGGAGUUGUAACAAUGUCGUGUGUCGGCUGUCUUGUUGUCUACAUUGCCAUGAAACGCGUAAAGAGGAAAAAGAAAGUCAAACUAGAGACUCGUUUAGCAAGGAUGUCGGGCCACACCCGAAUGGCCAGCAACCGUGACCUGUCUUCCUCCAAUGGUGACUAUAGACACGAAAUGUUCUACCACAACAGCCAAACCAGCGGCUCCGGGGGGGUAGUUUUAAAUGGCCUGGUCUACGCCGCCAACUACGACCCGUCAGCCGUGCCCCUGAUCUCGUUGGACACCCUGAGAUCUGGGCUCCUGGAGGAGGUCAAAGAUGUCCUUAUCCCAGCUGACAUGCUCCAAGUUCACCGCAACCAGGUCAUCGGCAAAGGGCAUUUUGGGACUGUGUACCAUGGCUACCUGACAGACAUUAAUCAAGAACAGUUAAUCCAUUGUGCUGUUAAGUCAUUGAACAGGAUCACAGGGCUGGAGGAAGUGGAGCAGUUUCUAAGAGAGGGGAUCCUGAUGAAGAAGUUCAAUCACGCCAAUGUCCUCUCCCUGUUGGGUAUCCUUCUGCCGCAGGAUGGGCUCCCCCUGGUGGUACUACCUUAUAUGAAACAUGGAGACCUGCGCCACUUCAUACGUUGUGAAAGGAGGAAUCCAACAGUGAAAGACCUAAUUGGCUUUGGGCUGCAGGUAGCCAAAGGAAUGGAGUAUCUGGCCCAGAAGAAGUUCGUACACAGAGACCUGGCAGCUCGCAACUGCAUGCUUGAUGAGACGUUCACAGUGAAAGUGGCAGAUUUCGGUAUGGCCAGAGAUGUGUUUGACAAGGAGUAUUACAGCAUCCAGGACCACAAAAAGGCCAAGCUCCCGGUCAAGUGGAUGGCCAUAGAGAGCCUCCAAACACAGAAGUUCACCACCAAGUCAGAUGUGUGGUCAUUUGGGGUCCUGAUGUGGGAACUUUUGACCAGAGGGGCGAGCCCCUAUCCUGAAGUGGAUCCCUAUGACAUCACUCACUUCCUCAUGAGGGGACGAAGGUUGCCCCAGCCGCAGUUCUGCCCUGAUGCCCUGUACUCGGUCAUGUUGGAGUGCUGGGACCCUGAGCCAGAGUUCAGACCUGACUUCCGCACACUGGACCAGGAGGUGCAGGAGAUCCUGUCCCGCCUGGAGGGAGAGCACUACAUCAGUCUGAACGUGACAUACGUCAACCUGGACCAGCCUCGGCCCUACCCUGCCUUGACUGCCUCGGCUGACGAGGCCGAAGCCUCGGGAUUGGACUCAGACAGCGCCAUGUCCAGUUGAGAACCAGAUUAAUUGACCAUACCAGAACUGACCAGACAACAGCAUAUUAAAACUGAGCUGCUCAUACCAUAUCAGAACUGACCAGGCCAAACCAGACCUAAAUGGAAUAUACUGUUGUAAAACUGGACCGGAUCGUACCAGGAUAGGGACAGUAGGGGGACAUCAGGCAGGGAUGUGUACAUGAACAUUCACCAAUGAUAGACCACUCCCAAUACACGCAUCUAAGUCACAGUUAACAGAAAUAAUAUUUCACGUCUGUUACUGUAGACUUGAUUAGGAAGGAAUAAAAUAUAGGCUGUUGACUGAGCAGACUAUGUGAAAUGUAUCCACUUGUGACACUGAAUAACAGUGUUGUUUGAUUUUAUUUGUUGAGGACACAAAGUAUGACUAACAAAUGUCAUCUGUACUUUAAAUGCACUGAUUUGUUUCUAAAGGUGUAUUGUGAGGUGGGGAAAUGGUUUUAAAGGGAAACCUAUUGAAUCGUCUCCAUUUCUGAAGCUGUAAAUAAGAACAAAUGAAUGUAUAUGUCUACAUAUUAUGCUCAUUAGGAACUUGAGGUGUGUAUGUAAUGUGUGGUAUGGAAUGUGGCCUUUGACAAAACUGGUAAACUUCAGAUUCCCAUGGCUGCUUCUGAGAGGAUUGGUCAGUGAGCAGAAAUUAUACUUAUGGGAGUGGCUUAAAUUGCUUUUCCUCUGGAAAGAAAGUAAUAAUAAUAGUACUGUAAUACUAAUUGACACUCAGGGAGUCGGCAUAUACUUUGUCCUGUUUAAG